AUGUCCCAACAACGGGUGGGCGAGUUCUGUGACCGUUGCGGAGCUAUUCUUCCGCUACCACUGAGUAUCGAUGUCUCGUCCGAUAUCUCGUGCAGUGUCUGCGGCUUCCGAGUGGACGUCCAGCGCUUCCACGGCAUCACUUCCACCACAAGAAUUGUGUUCAACACGAGACAAGUGCUGCACCGGUCGACGGCCGACAGUCAGGGACCGGUUGUCGAGCGAAAGUGUGCCAAAUGUGGUCACGAGAAGCAGACGUUCGCCACUCUUCAGACCAGAUCCGCCGACGAGGGACAGACUGUCUUCUAUACGUGUCUUAAUUGUGGCGCUCAGGAGAAUGAGAACUCUUGA